UCUAUAUUUGAAUUUUUAAACACGCCGGCUAAUGGCAGUAGUGAUCAGUGAUCACUGAUCAGUGCCCAGUGGACAGAGCGUCAGAACGUGACRGACGACAGUUUCAGUUUAAUCAUGUUCCGGACGCGGUAUAGCACAUCGUGUCACCAUUAACGUUUUCUAACAGUCUUACAGCAAUGGAAUCAAUAAUUCCAUGUGACAAAUCUGUGUUACUAACUGAAGAUGAACAAGACCCUCAAAUAAGUGCAAAACGURUCAAAUAUACAGAAAUGUCAGAAAACAAAGAGAAACCGUUCUUGGAAACACUUACUGAUGUUGCUCUAGAUAAAACAAGUCAAUUACAAGGUAAGGUAAGCUGCAAGUUUUGUCAUAAAACGAUAACGGAAGAUGUGUAUAUACCUUCAGAUGCUGGAUCAGAGUGCAUAGUAUUAGCUAAUGAGGUUUUGGCCAAUAUUUUCACUGAUAAUUUUAAUAUUAUACAACACAACCUUAUUAAUUACAGUAUUUAUGAUGAAAACGGUCACAUGUGCUCAAUAGAUUCAGGAAUGAUGGAGAGAAAUGUAAAUCUGUACAUAACUGGCUAUGUUAAACCAAUUUAUAAUCGCAGUCUUGAUAUAAAAGGUGGAAUUGCAUGCAUGGCAGGACCAAUAUUAGAAUGGUGGUUAUCAUCAUAUGAUGGUGGUGCUCAAGCAUUAAUAGGUAUAAACACUGAAUAUGCAGAUUAUUUAUUACUUGAACCACACCCUAAUUAUAAAAAAUAUAUGACAUCUGUAAUUGAAAAGAUAAAUCUGAGCAAAAUAGUAAUUGAAAAAAUGUUAGACAAUCAUGAAUCUGAUGAUUCAACUUAUGAAGAUAUUUUAAAUUAUGUURUAACAUCUAUAAACCCAGCAACAGGGAAUACAUUUUCAGAAGAAGAUCUUAUUACUCAUGCACAGUUUGUACUCGAUCAAGUAACUGACUACGACUCAAUUGGCAUGUAUGAUUUUCCAUUAUCUGAAACUCAAUGUGUUGAAACUUUAACCCAACUUUCAGGUGCCACAAAAUCUGUUAAUGUACCAACCAGAAGAUUAGGUAGAUUGGGACAAGGAACACUAUGCAUAAAAACUGAUUUUAGCCAACGUAAAUUCAGCAAAGCCACUACUACAGAGCUGGUGAAAGAUAUAUUUGAAAAUGUUUUUGCUGCUCAGUUAGAUAUASAUGAUAAAGAAAGUGAAGAAACAAUGAAUAAACUUGUGAAGACUGUUUUUGAUAAUGUAUGUAAUGAAGAUGUUAAUAAUGAUAAAUCUAAAAUCAACCGUGUUGAAAAUCAAGUAAUGUGGAAAGACCAAAAACUAUGUGAAAAAAUGUUUGUUGUUGUGAAAAACCAUGUCUCAAAUAUACCAUUAAUCGGAUGCAUAGAAUAUUUUUUUAAAACAAAGUUUAAACAUAUGGCUCAUAUUCAGCUCUUUAUGCAUAGUUAUGAAACUGUAUUGGGCGAAACAGCUGACCCUCAGGAAAUUUUUGUUCUCAAAAAUUGUACAAACAUUGAUAUUAAAGAUGUAGUUAAAGUAUUAGAUGUUGAAAAAAAAAUACCUAACAAUAAUUGGUUCCAACUCGGUAAUUCAAAAUUACAAGAUCUUUUAGAACCCGUUGACCGUAAAAAUAAAAAAUCGUUUUUUUAUCAACUACAAUAUGAUGACACAUUUGGACGAUUCGAGUAUCUUAAACCUGAAGAAUCAAUUAAUGAUAUAAGAAAUAAGUUUUGUAAUAACUGUGAAGUUAUAGAAUUGGAAAAAAAAUCAAAAGAACCUGAAGUAUUUGAGUUUAUUGAAGAAGAAAACAGCAUUUUAUAUUUUUAUAAAUUUAGACUAUUUGAUGAAGAGUAUAAAAUUGGUAAUUUUAUUUAUAUGAAACCUGGAACAUUCAAAAAAGCUUCAAGAUCAAAUAUGAUUGGAGAAGAACUAUUUGAGCUUAAAGAAAAAAGUACAAAUAUAAGUAAUCAAGAACAAAAAAAUCUUGACGAAACUGUCUAUACAGAGUAUUAUCGUAAAACGUUGGAAAAUUCAAUGCGUGGUUCAAAUGAAACCACUCCAGAUCCAUUUGAUAUUGCAGAAAUAAAAGCUAUUUAUUUUGUUGAUCGUGAUGGUAAAAAUAUCAAGCUGAUUGUACGUCGUAUGUAUAGAGCAGAACAAAUUUUUCUAGAAAAUGAUGCUAGAAAUACAGAUAUGAAUGAAUUAUUUUGGUCCGAAGAAGAGUUUAGAAUCACAUGCCAACAAACAUGUGGUAAAUGUUAUGUUGCUUGUGGAACCAACAUUCCAGAUCCAGUUGUAUGGUCUUCUCAUGGUCCCGAUCGAUUUUAUUUCAAUAACCAAUAUGAUUCUCUUACUAAUUCUAUUGUCCCUGUAUAUAGACUCCCAAUUGAAGCUAAACUGAUAGGAAAAGAAGUUUAUGUUAAUAAUAAUUAUCAAUAUGUGGAUGAAGAUAAAUUACAGUAUAUACCAUCAUAUAAGAAAAUCAAACCACUCAGAGGACUGGAUAUAUUUGCUGGUUGUGGUGGCUUGUCAAAAGGAUUAGAAGAUAGUGGUCUUGUUGUAAGUAAUUGGGCUAUUGAAUGUGAUGAAAAAGCUGCUGAAGCAUUUGAAUUAAACAAUCCYGAGUCAACUGUGUUUAUUGAAGAUUGUAAUCAUUUAUUAAAAUUAGCAAUGUCUGGAGAAAAAACAAACAGUAAGAAUCAAAACAUACCACAAAAAGGUGAAGUUGACUUCAUUUGUGGUGGACCUCCUUGUCAAGGGUUUAGUGGAAUGAAUAGAUUUAAUUCUGGCCAAUAUUCAUUGUUUAAGAACUCUUUAAUUGUUUCAUUUUUAUCAUAUAUUGAUUUUUAUCGUCCAAAAUAUUUUGUAGUGGAGAAUGUCAGAAACUUUGUGUCAUUCAAAAACAGCAUGAUCCUUAAAUUAACUCUUAGAUGUAUUACACGUAUGGGCUACCAGUGUACCUUUGGUAUCUUACAAGCUGGUAACUUUGGUGUACCUCAAACUAGAAGGAGGUUAAUUAUUAUGGCUGCAGCUCCUGGUGAAAAUUUGCCUUUUUAUCCUGAGCCUAUAAACGUCUUUAAUAGAAAAAGUUCAAGUCUAAGUGUUCAGGUUGGUGAUAAAAAAUUCAAAACUAAUUGCAUCUAUAAUGAUUCUGCUCCUUUGAGAACCCUCACAGUAUAUGAUGCUUGGUCUGAUUUACCUGAAAUAUCAAAUGGAGCUUUUCAAGAAGAAAUUCCAUACUGUUCUACUCCCAUUACACAUUUACAGAAAUUAUUAAGAUAUCCAGACAAUCGAUAUGCAGAAUCUAUACUGAGUGAUCAUAUAUGCAAGGAAAUGUCAUCUUUGGUUCAAGCUAGAAUAGCACUAAUACCAGUAGGUGAAGGAAGUGACUGGAGAGACCUACCCAACAUUAUAGUACAAUUACCUGAAGGAAUUGAAACCAAUAAACUUUUGUAUACCCACCAUGAUAUAAAAAAUGGUUAUGGUCCAAAUGGUGAAUUACGCGGUGUUUGCAUGUGUGCCAGUGGUGAUAAAUGUGAUCCGCAAGAUCGUCAAAACAAUACAAUUAUACCAUGGUGUUUACCACAUACUGGUAAUAGACAUAAUAACUGGGCAGGCUUAUAUGGYCGUCUAGMAUGGUCAGGGUWUUGUUCAACCACAAUUACAAAUCCUGAGCCAAUGGGAAAACAAGGCAGAGUACUUCAUCCUGAGCAACACCGUGUAGUCAGUGUACGAGAGUGCGCCCGCUCUCAAGGCUUUAAAGAUUCUUUCAUAUUCUGUGGAUCAAUCUUUGACAAACAUAGGCAGAUUGGUAAUGCAGUCCCUCCGCCAAUGGGUAAAGCUAUCGGUCAUGAAAUAAUCAGAGCUAUUUACCAAAACUAUCACUUGUAAUUUUCAAAUUGUAAAUUUUAUAUUUUCGGUGACAAUAUAAUUUUAAAUUAGCCAAUUAAAUUUAAGUUCAAUGAAGGUUCAAAGGGUAAUUAAUAUGUUAAGGUAAAAUUAUUUUUAAUUUUUGUAUUCAGUAGUUGUUAAAUAUUUA